AUGGACGAAAGAGAGUCGGUCAGAUGCAGUGUGUGUUCAAAACAAUUUUCAUCUAAACGAAAACUGAACCACCAUAUUACACAAUCACACAAUGGUCGUUCUAAAACCGAGGAAUGUUUAAUUAAAAAAGAAUUUGAUGAAAAUACUUCAGCAGUUUGGAAGCGGUAUAAAAUGUUGAAAAUUAAACUUGAAAAUGAUGAAACAGAACAACACUCCUUUGAAGUCAUUGCACCCAAACCGUUAAAUGUGCAGUUCAAAAACAAUGAAAUUUCUACAACAGAGGAGUAUUUGAUAAAGAAUGAAGUCGACAAUACUUAUGUCUGCAAUAACGACGAUUUGAAUGUCAAAUUUGAAAAAGAAUGCUUCAAUGGCUGUGUUUUCGAAUCAGAUAUUGAAAUCGUAAGGCAUGAACUGUUUGAUGCUGAAAACGAGCUAACACCGACGUUUGACUGCAAUUACUGCCAAAAAUCGUUUAAGACAAAACGACGAAUUAAAAACCACAUUUUAAGUAUUCAUUAUCCGUGUAACGAGAUCGACACUUCAAAUUGUACAAACUCUAUUGAUAACUAUACUCGAAACAAAGAUGUCCUAUUUAUUUGUGGUAUUUGUUUAAAAAGUUUCUCAUCAAAAUCAAACCUGAAAAGACAUUGGCGGAUUCAUACGGACGAAAAGGCUUUUAAAUGCAAUGUGUGUGAAAAAACAUUUGGACGAAAAGAAAACCUCAAAACUCAUAAAAUGACACAUACUGGCGAGAAACCUUUUAGAUGCGAUAUCUGUGAAAAAGGUUUUAAUACACAAAGUAACCUCAAAACUCAUAAAAAGAAUCAUACCGGAGAGAAACCCUUUAGAUGCGAUGUAUGUGAAAAAUGUUAUAAUACACAAUCUUACCUCAAAACUCAUAAAAGGACACAUACUGGCGAGAAACCUUUUAGAUGCAAUGUGUGUGAAAGAACAUUCAGGCAACAGUCUUCUCUUAAGAUUCAUAAAAGGAUACAUACCGGCGAGAAACCUUACAAAUGCGAUGUCUGUGCAAAGACAUUCUGUCAACAAUCUACCCUCAAAACUCAUGAACGCAUACAUAUUGGUGGGGUACGAUAUGAAUGCUCCGUCUGUAAAAAAUCCUGCAAUAACGACGAUUUGAAUGUCAAAUUUGAAAAAGAAUGCUUCAAUGAUUGUGUUUUCGAAUCAGAUAUUGAAAUCGUAAGGCAUGAACUGUUUGAUGCUGAAAACGAGCUAACACCGACGUUUGACUGCAAUUACUGCCAAAAAUCGUUUAAGACAAAACGACGAAUUAAAAACCACAUUUUAAGACAUUGGCGGAUUCAUACGGACGAAAAGGCUUUUAAAUGCAAUGUGUGUGAAAGAAAAUUCAGUCAACAGUCUUCUCUCAAGACUCAUGAGAGAACACAUACCAGAGAAACACUUUUUAGAUGCGAUGUCUGUGAAAAAAAAUUCAGUCAAAAAUCUAAUCUCAAAAAUCAUGAAAGGAUACAUACCGGAGAGAAACCUUACAAAUGCGAUGUCUGUGCAAAGACAUUCUGUCAUCAAUCUAACCUCAAAACUCAUGAACGCAUACAUAUUGGUGGGGUACGAUAUGAAUGCUCCGUCUGUAAAAAAUCGUAUAGUUGCCAAUAUCAUCUUAAAAGGCAUCAAGCAAAAGCACACGACUAA